ACUUAGAAUGGCACCUUCACCAAGUACCAUCCCACUCACUGUUAGAUUCAGAAAAAAAAGAAAAUGUCUCUCAAAUACUUGCUAGUGCUGUCACUUGUGGUGGUGGCUCUAACCACCCCCUCAUUUGCCGAUUUCCCAAAGCCACCGAUAGGGAAACCAGAGCACAAACCCCCAAUGGGUAAGCCAGGACCAGAGCCUAAACCACCAAUGGGAAAGCCGGAGCACAAACCACCAAUGGGCAAGCCAGGAUCGGAGCACAAGCCACCAACUGGAAAUCCAGAGAACAAACCACCAAUGGGUAAGCCAGGAUCGGAGCACAAACCACCAACGGGAAAGCCAGAGAACAAACCACCAAUGGGCAAGCCGGAACACAAACCACCAAUGGGUAUGCCGCCCAAGGGAGGAGAGAAGCCACCAAAAGAGGGAGAGAAGCCACCACCAGAGAAGAAGCCACCAACUCAUGGGCACACUCUGUUGGAAAAGCCAGAGCACAAACCGCCAGUGGGAAAGCCAGGGUCAGAGCACAAACCACCAACGGGAAAGCCAGAGCACAAACCACCAGUGGGUAUACCACCUAAGGGAGGAGAGAAGCCACCAAAAGAGGGAGAGAAGCCACCACCAGAGAAGAAGCCACCAACUCAUGGGCACACUCUGUUGGAAAAGCCAGAGCACAAACCGCCAGUGGGAAAGCCAGGGUCAGAGCACAAACCACCAACAGGAAAGCCAGAGCACAAACCACCAGUGGGUAAGCCAGGAUCGGAGCACAAGCCACCAACGGGAAAGCCAGAGAACAAACCACCAGUGGGCAAGCCGGAACACAAACCACCAAUGGGUAUACCACCCAAGGGAGUAGAGAAGCCACCAAAAGAGGGAGAGAAGCCACCACCAGAGAAGAAGCCACCAACUCAUGGGCACACUCUGUUGGAAAAGCCAGAGCACAAACCGCUAGUGGGAAAGCCAGGGUCAGAGCACAAACCACCAACGGGAAAGCUAGAGCACAAACCACCAGUGGGUAUACCGCCCAAGGGAGGAGAGAAGCCACCAAAAAAGGGAGAGAAGCCACCACCAGAGAAGAAGCCACCAACUCAUGGGCAUUUCCCUGGACACACUCUGAUGGAGGAGAAUGUUGAAGACUUUCACAAGCCACCGCGAAAGACAUUGCCGCCCAUGAAGAAGCCAUAUGGUCCCCAUAAGCCACCACACAAGCCUCCAACCCCUCCCCAUUCCAACUAGUUAACUCGUUUAUCUGUGGCUAUCGUAUAGAAAUAAGAGGCAUGCUUCGCUUUGCUGAUUUUAUUUUAGUUUUUGAGUCACAGUCAUAUGAUCAGCUUGUGUUGGUGGUAGGCUUGUGUCGGCUAGCCAUCCGCGAUUGUAGCGUUGUCCUCUGUACUCAUUGGUGCUUAUUAUUAUCACCUAUACAUAUUCCUAUGUGUGUGUUUUAUUGUGCAGA